GUUGUCAUAGUGACAGAGGGUAGCAAGAGGAGACCGCUCAUUGCGCCACCUGAUUGUGAGUGCGAGAGAGAGCGAGCGAGAGAGGGAGAAAAAGAGGAAAGCAGAGACGCGGAGUUGCGCAGGACCAAUGAAGAGAGAGGCUUUUUGCUGUGAUCAGUGUUUUCAUCAGUAGACUUGUUUUUUUUAGCUGCUGUGUUUUGGGGAUUGCAGACAUUUUGUCACUUUGUACGCUCUCACUUUGUCUCACACGCUAACUUGGAUUCUCUGCUUACUUGCGACACACAGACACACACAGCGGUUGCUGUGCUAGAAUGGCAAGAUGCUGAUGCAUUGUGACAUGUGUCUCAGGUGUGUAUGAGAUAGGGAUCAAUGUGUGUUGAUUCUCAUGCACACUUUGUCUUGAUGCCGAGUGCCUCUGACAGGCUACGGGACUUGCAGCAGGCCAGGCCAAGGGGCCCUCCAUGCCAUGGAAGAAUGCAAGCAGAUCAUGGCACGCCAGAAAUCUAACAGCCAGUCAGACUCACAUGAUGAUGAGGUUUCUCCCCCACCACCCAACCCUGUUGUCAAGGCCCGUCGCCGCAGGGGUGGUGUCAGUGCCGAGGUCUACACUGAGGAGGACGCUGUCAGCUACGUGCGCAAGGUGAUUCCAAAAGACUACAAGACCAUGACUGCCUUGGCCAAAGCCAUCUCCAAGAAUGUCCUCUUUGCUCACCUGGAUGACAAUGAGAGAAGUGACAUAUUUGAUGCCAUGUUCCCAGUCACCCACAUUGCAGGGGAAACAGUUAUCCAGCAAGGUGAUGAAGGAGAUAACUUCUAUGUGAUUGACCAAGGUGAAGUGGAUGUGUAUGUGAAUGGUGAGUGGGUGACCAGUAUUGGAGAAGGAGGUAGUUUUGGAGAGCUGGCCCUCAUCUAUGGGACUCCCAGAGCUGCCACGGUCAAGGCCAAAACAGAUCUGAAACUGUGGGGCAUUGACAGAGACAGCUACCGGCGCAUCCUCAUGGGCAGCACUCUGAGAAAGAGAAAGAUGUAUGAAGAGUUCCUUAGCAAGGUCUCCAUUCUUGAGUCUUUGGAUAAAUGGGAGCGUCUGACUGUGGCCGAUGCCCUGGAGCCUGUUCAGUUUGAGGACGGAGAGAAGAUUGUGGUGCAGGGAGAACCUGGUGAUGAUUUCUUCAUUAUAACAGAGGGAAUAGCCUCUGUUCUGCAGCGCAGGUCUGACAUUGAGGAGUAUGUGGAGGUUGGACGCCUUGGACCUUCAGAUUACUUUGGUGAAAUCGCCCUGCUGUUGAACCGUCCCAGGGCUGCCACUGUGGUCGCCCGCGGACCCCUCAAGUGUGUGAAGCUGGAUCGGCCCCGCUUUGAGCGUGUGCUGGGUCCUUGCUCUGAGAUUCUCAAGAGGAACAUCCAGAGAUACAACAGCUUUAUCUCUCUCACUGUGUGACAUGUGGCGCCCCCCACCCUCCCAUUUGGGCCCCACCAGCAGGGGUGUGCAACAUCAGCAUCAGCGUUUUGGUCAGUGGGUGGGAAAGGGGUGAGGAUGCGGGGUGAAGGAUAUGGGUUUUACAAGCCCAGAUUAGGGCGCUCAUUUCCUGCCUUUUUCCAUUUUGCGCGUUUCUCUCUUUUUGACCUUGUGCACUUUGACUUGAUCUGUGCUGUCACGUAGCUUUAUGUCAAAAACAACACGCAGGGGUGUGAAAAUCAGACGCAGGGCAGAGGUUCAGUUAACUUUUUUUACAUAAUGUAAACGAGUCAUGCAUACAGUGUGUCAGCUGUAUGCGAUUCAUGUUUCAAGACUGACAAAGAAUGGCGUUUGCACUUUGGUUCAUUAGUGGGAGGGUACGGAUAAAUUCAGGAAAUAAGAAGGAAGGAAAGUCAUGUUUACGUGCAGUGGGGGAAGAGGAGAGACCACAUUUCUUUGCAAGCUGGCUGUGGUUUGCCUUUUUUCAUUUCUGGAGGUGCAUGGUGCCAUUUCUAGAUUGAAUCAGACAUGCACUGCACAGAUAUCUGUUCUGUAAAAUGUAGCUGUUAUACGUAUGAAUAAAAUUAAAUUAUUGGCUGUUUCAUUCAUUUUCAGUGCUUCUUGAAAUUUUACCUUGUAUUGAGUUGGGAGGUUGUUAGAGGCAUAAUUGAGUUCAAUUUGAACUUUGUUGGUAUUCUGUGUAUUUCUUUUUAUGGAAAGACCAAAACAAAUACUAACUUUAUUGUACUAAAGUAUUGUCUGUGUAUCAAAGGCAUUUAUACCUUAUUCAUCUCCUCAGGACAUUUUUCUGUCCAAAGCACACCAAACAGCAAAAUAAAGUUUCAAGGUACACCUGUAUUCACAGUCACACAUAAUUGCCUCUGUGUCACCUGACGAGUUGUCAGAUCUUCUUUUGAUUAUUGGCAGUUAAAGGCACUUUUGAAAGCACAGUUGCGGCUUCUGGAUCUGGCGUAGUACCUCCAUUUUCUGUAUGUUGUGUUGCUUCUAUUUUGUGGGAUUUCUUCUUCUCUGUAAUGAGCUCCAUGCUCCACUGCCAUAUCACUUUCCUCCAUUGUCUUAUUAUACACUUCCACAUGAUCCGAAAAAAGGUCUUCCUGCCUCUGGAAGCCUCGACAUCUCGACAACUGCAUGAACAAAAUGGCAUUUUUUAAAAGGACCUUUUAACCUCUAGACUUUUAGGCUUUUGCUCUGAAAGGAAAUCGAGUGCUUGCAAAGUUUUGUGCAGUUGUGCAAUGCAUGGCUGUCACAACAUGACAAAGCACACCUAGACUUACCUCAUGGCACACCAUUUAUGGAUUAGUGAACAAAAAUAUGGAGACCAUAGUUUUAGAUGCAGUGUCAUGGACGAGUAAUGUCUGGCUUUGCAAAGCCAGAGGUCAUUGUGCAUCCGAGGAGACGUGAACAAUUGCAGAUUAUUAUUUAUUUAUUUUUUUGCAGAUCACAUAAAAAUUUUGCAUUAUUAAAUUUUUCUAAUUAAGUGGGUUUUAGAAGAUCUUGCUGCUGCCCGGUAUGUGGUUCCUGGGAACGUCAGGACUACUACCCCAUCAAAUCCUGCGUUUACCUUUUAUUGAGGCUCUUGGCUUGUUUUGUUCAUCCUGCUCAAAAGCUGAAGCCUCAUAUGGUCCGUGUAUUGUCAUGUCCUUAGUCUGUUUUAUUGUGUGUCAGACACAUACAAGCACUGAUCAAACUUUGUGUAGUUUUUGUCAUGAGGAAAGUCUCACCUGUUCAGCAGUGCAGCUCGGUGAUAUCUUGGCGCUCCGUGGCACAGAGAGAUGAACUAACUGAGGCUUUUGAUACACAAACAACACUUGUUAGUGAAUUAAUUGUUGCCAAUAAGAAAAAUACAGGACAUCACCAAAGUUUAUCCCCUAAGAUUUUACACUGUAAUAUGUGAUGUGUCAAAAAAAUAUGUAUAUUUUUUUGAGAUUCCUCUCCAUCCCAAUGUCCUGAAAUUCACUCAGUCUUAAUCUUAAGUCUGAUCUGUGAGCUGUGGUAUUCCAAACAAACAGUUUGAAACACACUAACAUGAAACACACAACCAUACUGUAUAUGCGUGCACUGUCUCAGGACUAAAUGCAUUUUCAGCACACACACACACACACACGUCUUACCUGAUGCUUUGUUUUUUCUUAAGCUGAUUUUGUUUGAUGUUUGCUAGAUGAAAGCUUUUGCACCACUUCAGAGUUUGUACCAUACAGCAGCUUGAUUUAGGUGUUUUUAAGACAUGAGUUCUGUGUUCUGAAUGGGGGGGAAAAUUUUAAAUAUAUAAAUAUAUACAAACUUGUGUUGCUUUCCUUUGAUCUGCUGUAAUCUGUCAAAGUUGCACAACUGACCCGACAACUGAUGUUGUAAAAAUCUUUAUGUAUUCUCUCUCUCUAUCUUUUUCUUUUAACUAUCAAACCAUCUUGAACAAAUAAAGAAAAGCUUCUGAAA